UUGAAAUGUUCUGAUAAGUCAAAAAGGGAAAAAAAUUUCCCUAAGUAAAAAUUGGAAAAUGGAGUAAUAAUCGAGAAAAAGUGCUUUCGAAUUAUUGUUUCGAUGCAAAAUGAAAGAUUAUUUCGUGUUUCACUGAAACAAUCAUUCAAACGCACAUUUUUUACAUGAUUAUUUAAUUUUCUAAUUUUCAUCGUGGGAAUUUUCUCUCCCUUUUGAUAACAUCGAAAUCCAUUAUUCUUGGUCACCCGUUUUGAUCGCAGGAGUUUGAUGAUUUCUUGCUCGGUAUUUCAUUUUUUAUGAUGGAAAUCACAGAACUAGAGCGUCACAAGCUUACCAGCGCUUAUACUCUUGUAGGAUCAUGUAUAUCUGUGCAAAAUCUACAUGCUGUCAUUAUCCGAACCGGCAUCCAUAUAAUGGAAAUCGUGCCGAAUUUAUCCUCCUCUGAUAAAUGUGUUACUAUGCACCGAUCUCUGAUCAAAACACCUAACGAUUUUCCGAUACCAGAUAUCAGCGUUGACUUGAAAAGUCUCAACAGAGAAGAAUUUUGCAUGCUUCACUUGGAUCAUAAAUUAGUCCCACACGAUGAUAAAAUUACUGCACCUGAUGUCUUCGUAAAACAAAUUUGUUGGAUUCCUGUUCAAGAUACAACCAUACGCAAACCUGCUUUAGGAAUACUAACCAAUCGCACAGCUUUACAUUUAUAUCUCAAAUCCGGUUUGACAUGGAAAAAAUUCGCGGAUGUGUCAUCUAUAUGGAAUGAUUACUGUUUCAAGAAAUGGUUUCCUAAUCCAACUCUAGAUGCUUAUGCUGAAAUCGAAAAGAAAUUCAAAUAUAUUCGUAUCUCAAAUUUCACCUCAUGCGAUGGAUUUUUAUACCAAGAUGGUAGUUCUUCGUUAAUCGCUACUGUUUCCGAAAGCGGUAUUAUUGCCUUGUGGAGCAUCCCUGAAAAUAUGAAAGAGAAGUCUCCUCAUGUUGUAACAAUUUUGGAAACGAAUCUUUCAGUGCAGUACCUGUACUGGCAUAAAUUAUCUAAUAAAAAAGGUUGGUUAAUUGUCGCUUGCUACGAUGGUCUAUUGAAGUUGUAUUCCUGCGAAGAACACGAAAAAGAAACGCUGACGGUUAAAUUCGAAUACGAAGUGUGGAAAUAUGCCGAUCUCAUGGCAAUUAUUAAUUUAAAAAUUAAAGAUUCAGAAGAUGGUAAAUCUUUGAUGGCUUUUUCCAAAGAGAACGUUGUUUUAUUAUUUUCACUUGGCAAGGAAAACAUUCAGAACGAACAUUUUUACGAAUUUGAGCAGAAAGUUGCUGGACUUGAGAUUUUGGACGAUCGCAGAAUAUUCGUUGUAUUGUGUAAUAAUAAGACUUACGAAUUAUUUCUCGGGAAAUCCGAAUCUGUUUCUAAAGAAUGCUGUCCUGUUACAUUUAACCACGAAACUGAAGUGGAACAAUUCACAUGCUACGGAGUGUCUUUUUCAAAAAAUAAGCUCUGGGCUGUGUUCUACUUGAAAUUUUCUUUGCAGUACGACCACUUGAUUCUCAGAGAUCCUCAUUGUUUGUUAUUAUGUACUGUUAAUCCGAAAAAUCGAGUGACACCUUCGACUUUGGAACCACUGAUUAAAAAUCCCAUCACAAUUUACGAUUUACACGAUUAUAUCGAAUAUCUGAGAAUACAAUGCUUGAAUGAACCCGAAAUCGGCGAAACUGAUAAAAUAAAUAUCACUUGGGAUUAUUUAAACGGCGACAUAGAAAUUUGUCGUAAAUUUUUCCAACUUUCGUAUAUCCUAAUGAAAUGCUACUGUUUGAGUAAAUCCAGCUAUUACGAAGAAAAUAAAAGUCUGAUUACUUCCGUUGAAAUCAUCUUCAUGGUGUGCAAUUUCUUAUUUUACCAAGAAAAAAUCACGGCUAUCAGAAAACAGUAUUUUUUCUACAAAUGGCUCGCCGAUAAUGUAUCUAAAUUACCCGACACGGUUUUGGAAUACCAACGAUUCAAGAAGAUCAAAGAUAUGAUGAAUAAUUUCACCGAUGUUUGUUUCGAUGAAAAAUGUGACUUGUGCACGAGCAGUGUCAAAGAUUAUGGUAAUCUGAAAUACGUGAUUUGUGACAAAGGCCAUCGAGUUUUACGAUGUUCUUUUAGUUUCCUGCCGAUUACCGAUAAACCUACCAAAGAAUGUACUUUGUGCUAUUCCACAGUUCUGCAAUCCGAAGGCACCAAUCGUUGUAUGAUUUGUGAUAAUGUAUUUUAAAUCGAUACAAUGAAUAGGCAUCCACUGAAAAAUGUUGUUCGUUUGAAUUCAAAAUGACAGGAGGAACAUUUGAUGUCGUUGACCUAAUUCAAUUAAUUCUUUUCUUUUAAUUUAAUUCAAAAUUUUCAUUGAAAUAUUCUUUGUUUUUUAUGUGUGUUUUUUUUUACGAAGAAUUAAAAUUAUGCUAUUGA